AUGGGAUCAGGAUUGGGAAUCCCGACCCCGCUGCUGCUCCUGGUGCUCUUCGCGCUCCAUCCCAUAAUAGGGAAUGUCCCCGAGCCUCUGCUGGUGCUGGAGGGGCUGGAGCAGGCCGGGAUCCGGCUCCGGUGCCUCUCGGAGCGGCCUUUUCCCGAAAUCCGGCUGCUCUGGAGCGGCGCCAAUGGCGAGAACCUGACGGGAAUUCCAGAGCCGACGGAGGCCGGGAAUGCUGGCAGCUCACUGCUGCUCCGGCCGGGAUUUGGGAAUGCCGCGUCCUGCCGGGCCCUGGACCCCCAGCUCGGCACGGCCGCAGAAUCCUCCAUCGUCAUCGCCGAGGUUUUCUUCCCAGCCACGUCGCCGUGGCUGGCGGCGCUGGUGCUGCUCCUGCUGCUGGCGCUGGGCCUGGCGCUGGCGGCCGCUUUCCGACUGCGCCAGCGGAUCCGGGCCCAGCUCGAGUUCAGGCGGGCUCAGAGCCACGCAGUGUCCCUGACCCUGGACGAGCACUGCCACCACCCCUCGGUGGCCAUCCGGGGCCGCUCCGUGCUGGCCGCGGGCUCGGGGCCGCGCCGGGUCCUGGCCGUGGCGCGCGAGGGCUUUUCCCAUGGGAAGCAUUACUGGGAAGUGGAGCUGGGCCCGGGGCACGGCUGGGAGCUGGGCGUGCUGGCCGAGGAGAUCCGGGAUUCCCUGCGCCGCUCCUGGGGGAAUGUCCUGCACCGCUCCCCGAGCGAUUCCCUGGAAAAUUCCCUGCAGGAUUCCCUGCACAAUUCCCUGGGAAAUACCCUGCAGGAUUCCCUGCAGGAUUCCCUACAGGAUUCCCUGCGCAAUUCCCUGGAAAAUUCCCUGCACCAUUCCCUGCAGGAUUCAAUGCAGGAUUCCAUGCAGGAUUCCACACAGGAUUCCCUGCCCAAUUCCCUGCACCAUUCCCUGCAGCAUUCCCUGAAAUUUUCCCUGCAAAAUUCCCUUCAGGAUUCCAUGCACAAUCCCCUGCAGGAUUCCCAUCCAAAUUCCCUGCCCAAUUCCCAGCAGGAUUCCCUGAAAAAUUCCCUGCAGGAUUCCCAGCACAAUUCCCUACACCAUUCCCUGCAGGAUUCCCUGCCCAAUUCCCUCCAGGAUUCCCAACAGGAUUCCCUGAAAAAUUCCCUGCAGGAUUCUGUGCAGGAUUCCCCACAGGAUUCCAUGCACCAUUCCCUGAAAAAUCCCCUGGAAAAUUCCCAGCAGGAUUCCCAUCCCAAUUCCCAGCCCAAUUCCCAGCCCAAUUCCCCUCCCGAUUCCCCGCCCUCCAUCCCGGCGGCCAAGGCCCCAGCCCUGCGCUGUUCCCGGGGGGAAUUGCGGCUCCCCGGCGGGAAGCUGCAGCGGAAUUCCGGGCCCUGCCAUGUGCUCGGGGUGCUCCUGGACCAGGAGCGCCGCGUCCUCUCCUUCUUCGACGCCGAGGAAAAGCAGCGCCUGGGAUCCGUGCCCCUGGAAAUUCCCGGGAAUCUCUUCCCGUUCUUCAGCCCAGGAUGUGCCGGGAACGCGCUGGGGAUCCGGCCCGUGCGGGUGUGAA